AUGGCGUGGCCACCGCGCGCACUGGCCGUCCUCUUCCUCGUCCUGGCCGGCCCCAUCUCGUCGGCGGCGGGUGCGAAGCGGCACGCGAUCCCGGACGACCUUCGCGACGUGGUGGACGAGGAGGAGGACGAGGACUGGCGGCACUGGGGCGCCCCCGCGAAACUCCCUGAUCGGCCGCCGCCCGACCUGUCGCGGAUGAAUCCCGCCGCGCUCCGGGCCGAGCUCCUCCGCGGCGGCCAGGCCGGGCCCUCGCUCGGCUUCGUCAAGCUCCGCCUCGGCGUCCGCCGGUCCCAGGAGGACGUGAUGGGGAUCGCCACGCGGUGGAGCAAAGUGCUGCGGACCGGAUCGGUGGCCGCCAAGUUCGUGGCCGUCGAUUUCGGGACGCUCAUGUUCACCAUGGAAAGAGGCCGAGACUUACUCGAGCUAAAAGAGUUCAUCUUGGGGCAGCCAGAGGCUUACGAGUUCAAGAUUGGGGAUCAAAUUUUCCGGCGACCUGGAGACCCGCCCCUCGACCAAGUUAUCGAGAUGCUGCGGAAAGAGAAGAUGAAUAAGUCUGAAGACGAGCUCUAG